AUGGCUCCGGCUAGGAAGGGCGGCAGUCGGGUCGCCAAGACCAACUCGUUACGGAGCCGGAAGCUCGCCUCCUUUCUUAGGGACUUCGACCGUGAAGUGCAAAUCCGAUCCAAGCAAAUUCAGUCAGACAGGCAGAACCUCCUCAAGGAGAUGGAUAACCUGUACAACAUCGAGAUCCUGAGGCUCCCCAAGGUGCUGCGCGAGAUGAACUGGCUCGACUACUUUGCCCUUGGAGGAAACAAACAGGCCCUGGAAGAGGCAGCAACAGCUGACCUGGAUAUCACAGAAAUAAACAAACUAACAGCAGAAGCUAUUCAGACACCCUUGAAAUCUGCCAAAACACGAAAGAUCAUAAAAGUGGAUGAAAUGAUAGUGGAAGAGGAAGAAGAAGAAAAUAAAAAUAAGAAUCCUCAAACUGCAAGAGUCAAAAGGUGUCCUCCGUCCAAGAAGAGAACCCAGUCCGUACAAGGAAAAGGCAAAAGCAAAAGGUCCAGCCACUGUAACACUGUCACCCCAGCUGGGGGCCGGUUGGAGUUGUCUAUGGUGAAACCAACUCCAGGCUUGACACCCAAGUUUGACUCAAGGGUCUUCAAGACCCCGGGCCUGCGCACUCCAGCAGCCAGAGAGCGGAUCUACAAUAUCUCCAUGAAUGGCAGCCCUCUUGCCGACAGCAAAGAGAUUUUCCUCACGGUGCCGGUGGGCGGUGGAGAGAGCAUGCGAUUAUUGGCCAGUGACUUGCAGAGGAUGGACAUCGCACAGCUGGACCCAGAGGCCUUGGGAAACAUUAAGAAACUCUCCAGCCGCCUUGCCCAGAUCUGCAACAGCAUACGGACUCACAAAUGA